CACUCGUUCCUUCUUCUCAGUUCUCACUACUCAAUUCUUUACUUCUCACUCUGAUCUUACAACACGCUUCAGACGCUCUCUCACACUUAACCGCGUGGCCCCAAUAACCUUCCUUAACUUCAUCAUUUCCAAACACCCAAUCAAACACUCUUCUUAACACCCCUCCAACCGCAAAAUAACACACGUAAUUCACUUACACCGUUUCCCAUGUCCAUCACUCUCACUAUUAGAAGCUCCAAACCCUUAUAAUUUCACUCCAAUUUUCUUAUUUUUGUUUUCAGAAACCUAAAAUGGCUCCAUCUCUCACUUCCCGCCACGUCUUGCUCCCCCUCACCGUCCUCGUCAUCCUCUGCGCUCACGCCCACGCUGUUCGCUUCUUCUCGCACUCUUUACCUUGAUCUGCUUUCUGAUGGUCUUCCAGAACCUUCUUCUUCUGAUGAGAAGGGGAGCCUCAUUCGGCUUCCGACAGCGUCAUCAUUCAGGUUCCUGCGUGCUGCUGAGUCCAAGUGCGAGCAGACGUACGGGUUCUUACCGUGCACCACCACGGUGCUUGGGAACUUGUUCUUGAUCAUAGUUUAUGGCUUCCUUAUGUACACCGCUGCUACCUACUUGUCCUCUGGGAGUGAGCUCUUGCUUGAGAUCUUGGGCCCUGGAAUCGUUGGUGGCUUGUUCCUUCCAAUUCUUGGUGCUUUACCUGAUGCCAUGCUCAUUCUCGUGUCUGGGCUUUCAGGUAGUAAAGAAACUGCUCAAGACCAGGUCUCUGUUGGAAUGGGCCUGCUAGCUGGGUCAACUGUGCUGCUUCUGACUAUAAUAUGGGGUACCUGCGUAAUUGUCGGCAAGUGUGAUCUGGUGAAUUCAGUUGCAUUGGAUUCAGUAGACACGCGGGGAUACAGUUUAACUGGUUCUGGUGUUAGUACCGACAUUUGGACCAGUUACGCAGCAAGGAUUAUGAUUAUAUCUGUACUUCCGUUUUUGAUUGUUCAAUUACCACAACUUCUCCAUUCAUCAUCAGGAAGGCACUUGGCUGUUUUGAUUGCUCUUAUUGUCUCGUUGUUGUUACUAGCUUCUUAUUGCUUUUAUCAGGUUUUCCAACCUUGGAUACAGAGGAGGAAACUUGAAUAUGUUAGGCACAAGCAUGUUAUUCUAGGACUUUUGAGACAUUUGAAGCAGCGUGCAUUGGGAAGGCUGCUCAAAGAAAACGGUGAACCGGACAGAGAAAUUAUUAGAAAGUUGUUUACAACAAUCGAUGAAAACAGUGAUGGGAAUCUUACUCAUGGUGAAUUGAGGGCACUAGUUGUUGGAAUUCAAUUUGAGGAAGUUGACCUGGAUCAUGAUGAUGCCGUAAAAAGAAUAAUGAAUGACUUUGAUACUUCACGCAAUGAACUUGUAGAUGAAGAAGAAUUUGUUAAUGGCGUCUGUAGAUGGCUUGACAGAGCCAGGGGUUCUCGACCUGCGUCUGGUGAUGCUGGCCCCCACACAGUGAAAUUUUUAAGCAAUUUUCACAAUGAAACAAAGAGGGAACAUGAUCUCCUGGAUGUGAGUGGUCAAAAUGAAGAAGUUUCUGAAGGUGUUGAGAAAUCAAAAUGGACUACAGUCAAGGCAUUGCUGUUUUUACUACUGGGAACUGUUAUCGCUGCUGCAUUCGCUGAUCCUCUGGUUGAUGCAGUCGACAACUUUUCUGAUGCUACAAGUAUUCCUGCUUUCUUCAUUUCUUUUAUUGCUCUGCCUUUGGCAACCAAUUCAAGCGAAGCAGUUUCGGCAAUUAUUUUCGCUAGUCGUGAUAAGAGACAAACUGCCUCAUUAACAUUUUCAGAGAUAUAUGGUGCAGUGACAAUGAACAAUGUGCUAUGCCUAUCAGUUUUCUUAGCAUUGGUCUAUGUAAGAGGAUUGACAUGGGAUUUCUCUUCAGAAGUUUUGGUGAUUCUUGUUGUUUGCAUUGUGAUGGGUGUACUUGGCAGCUUCCGUACAUGCUUCCCUCUAUGGACAGCCAUAAUAGCUAUCCUCCUUUACCCUUUCACCCUGGCAUUAGUCUAUGUUCUUGAUUAUGUCUUUGGUUGGUCAUAGUCCCAUAGACACCAAAAUUGUUGUUUUUCUUUGUUAAUGAUAAUGCUGUUAUGGCUCUUAACCCUUUUUGGGUUGUGUGGAUAUUAUAGUUCUGAGGGAUACUAUUAUGGGAUUGACUUCCAUUGUGAAUGGCUGAGGGUGAAGUUUUUGGCCUAUCUAUAAUAAAUAAUUAUUAGACUUGAUUGAAA